UCUCUUUCUUUCGAUCUGUACCAUGGAAGAUGAUGGAGCAUGCAACACAAGGCUCCAACUUCGACUUGGCUUGGGCGAACAUGCUCCGAGGAACGAGAGACACGAUGAUGAUCACAAGGCCGAAAAGUCUCUGGUUUGCUUGGGCUUAACGUUUGCUCUUCGCCCAGAAGAGGAAGGCGCCAUCGACGUGGAUCAUAAGGCAGCUGACAGAUCAUCGACGCUAAAAAACAUCGACAGGGACGAUGAAGAAGAAUAUCCGAAUAAGGAAAAUGAUUCCAAUUACAACCACAACAAGAUGAUCAAGCUGGAAGCUGGUGGGAGAAGGAAACUGAGGCUCACUAAAGAGCAAUCCAUCUUGCUUGAAGACAGCUUCAAACUUCAUAGCACCCUUAAUCCGGCACAGAAACAGAUACUUGCUGAACAAUCGAAUCUGAAGCCCAGACAGGUGGAAGUUUGGUUCCAAAAUAAAAGAGCAAGAACCAAGUUAAAGCAGACAGAAGUAGACCAUGAAUUCUUGAAGAAAUGGUGUGGAAGUCUAGGUGAUGAGAAUAGAAGAUUGAAGAAAGAAUUGGAGGAGCUACGAUCGCUAAAAUUAGUUGGAUCAGGAGUACCAUCUCCUUCAUACAUUCAACUCCAAAAGGCUGCAACUCUUAGGAUCUGCCCCUCGUGUGAAAAAAAAUCCUAGAACCUAAUGAAAGGGAAGAACGCGGCG